AUGCCUCUGUGCUGGGACCAGCAGCAAGCAAAUCUGGGUGCAUGCUGUAACAGUAGAGUGUUGGUUUCCUGCAGCCCUCUGGUAAGCCCAGCUGGUUUCCAAAACCAGCCAAGGAGGCGCAACUUCCUGGUGCUGGACCCCUGGGCUAAGGUGUCCAAUGUGGGGCUGAAACCCCUGCUCCUUAGGAAGGCUCCCCAAGCUUGCGACUUCGUCCUCCUCUUCCGGGUCACCCACCAGGGCUGUGGGACCCAACCAGAUGGCUUCUCUUCCCUUCCUGUCUCACUGCGCUUUUUCUUUACAGCCUUCAUUGUAGAGCAGCCGUUCUGCUAG